AUUUAACUGCCACUUGAAGUGAGCAUAACAGGUCUUUCGCACCACUGACAUGGAAGCCAACCUACAUGGUAUUGAACUGAUGAUAGAUGUAUUUAUGCGUCUGGACAAGGCAAACCCAGAUGGAGUAAAUAAGGAAGAACUUAUCCGGGAAUGUGAAGCUCAGAAAUUGGACGCGGAGCAAGUCACUAAAUGGCUGGAACGUUUUGGAAUGAAAACCAUACGGAUGGAUGAAUUUUGCAGUCAGUUUGGUUUUAACCUAAAAGAAAUGAUACUUGAAGAGGUCGAAAGAGCAAAUGCGCGCUCUGGUGAAGCUCCGAAAUUGUCCGAAGACAUCGAACUGAUUUCGACCACGAUGUCCAUGACGAAACAGGUAGAGAUCACGGAAAAAUUCAAAACCUUGGUCAACGAGUCGGGAGAAGAUGAGGCCAAGGCAGGAUUGAUUCCAAAAAAAAUGAAGGAAUAUUUGGAUGAAACUUUUGAACAUGGGUGGCAAGUGGUGAUGGUGGAGGGAAAAUAUUGGAUGCAUUUUUCUCACGAGCCUUUUACUUCACUACAGUUUCGGUAUAAUGAUUAUAUCUGCUUGGUUUGGCGCACACCAGAAAACUGAGAUGCGACUUUGCGCAUUUACUGAUGUGAAACUGUUUGGAUAGAAA